AUGUCUGGAUCAGAUGACUUUUCGGUAAGUUGGGAUUCUAUGCUAGUGCUCUAACAUUAGUGUGGUUGGUAUCUAAUAUGUCACAAACCGUAUUACAUUUUAUUUAAUAAUGCUACAACUUUUGGUAUAAAUGUAUCAUUUAAUGAAAUAACUUCUAGUCAGGGUGGGGGAUUUACAUUCAGUGCCAUUCACAGGUCCAAAAUGUUUGUUUAUCUAACCCAGCAGUUCCCAAACUUAUUAGCACUUAAUAUUUUUCCAACGCGCCCCAAGUCAAAAUAAAGUUUUAGGUUGCAAAUCUGUACAGCACUGUGUAGCGGAGCGCUAAUUUAACAUGGACUUUUCUCCGCUGGUAUUCCAAUAGUUACUCAGGAUCAAGUAGGUUAUCAUAAGAAGAACAGCAUAAACAGUAAAGUAAUCCCCGAAUAUCCCAUCACCUUUCCCAAUAACUGGACGACACGCAGUAUUAGCAGCAGAACUGAUUUUUAAUGACACACACUUUGCUUUUAUGCAAUCCUCCCAUUCAAGGGAGACACCCACAGGAAAUUAGUGAUUACCCAAUCACUAGCUGGUUACAGUACACAGGUUUCCUCCCCUUAGCCUGGGAGAUAACUUAAUUAUCCAGGGGUGUGUUUGGAUGUAAUGUUUGUUUUUAAUUUGAAUCCAGGGGUGUGUUUGUCUGCUGUGCUGGUAUUUGCUUUGAUGUAUGCGUAUGCACAUAUAUACACAAAAAUUCAUACAGACCCCCGACACGUACACACACCUGGAAACACAGAUGCACAUACACAACCGCGUACAUAUACAGAUAUACAUACACGAAAAUUCAUAUAGACACCAACACGUACACACAAUCUGCUGAUAUCACAGGGGCCCGGUCAGGCUCCCAACCUGGCCCCUGAUGAGCAGUAAAACUGUUUUAUGCAUCGGGUGGACCUAAGUGAAUGGGCCACCCGAUGGGUCAUUUUGCGGCACCCCAGGGCGCCGUGGCUCACAGUUUGGGAACCACUGAUCUAAUCUAAAGAACUGUAAUUGUAUGUCACAAAGGGUUAUCCUAUUAGAAACACAAUAGAACAGUAAAGGUACCUAUAACACUGUUUUUAAUGAUAAGAAUUGCAACGCCUAAGUAUAAACAAUCUGUGUAUGGGUCUAUUUAUUGCACCAGUAAGUUGCCAUCUUUCCUGUGACAUGGGGGGCCAGUACCUGAAAAGGAAAUAGACUCUAACGUUCGAGCGGUUUGUAUCGUGGGCAAGUUGAUUUGACUCGGAUGUUGCUUAGUCUUUAUUUUGUCUUGUUCUUAAAGUUGGCAGAUGCUUUAUCCGAUCCAUCACCCUCCAAAACACAAAACAUAAGCAACCCAAGAGAUGGCCAGCAACCCGGGGGAUAUCCUGGAUCUAAUCCCUGGGCGUCCACACCAAAUAAUGCUCCUGCCACUGCACCAUCUGCUCCUUCUAAUGCACCGUAUGGGCAAGGAACACCGGGACUCUACCCAGGAGUACCUAUGGGUCCACAGCCAACAGCACCCACAGGGCCCUAUCCAACAGCACCAAAUGCCCCACCAGGACCGGCUGCACCCAAUGCCCCAUAUGCUGCUGGGCCAUACCCUGGAGCUCCAGCUGGACAGCAGCCAACAGCACCAAAUGCCCCAACUGGGCCGUACCCUGGCGCUCCAGCUGGGCAGCACCCAACAGCUCCUAAUACCCCUUAUAAUUCAGGUCCCUACCCUGGAGCUCCUGCUGGGCAAAACCCCAGUGCACCAAAAGCCCCAUACCCAUCAGCACCAACUGGCCCCUAUCCAGGAGCGCCUGCAGGACAGAAUCCAGGGGCACCUACAGGCCCUUACCCUACCGCACCCGCUGGCCAAUAUCCUGCCGCACCCUAUCCUUCAGUCCCUGCUGGGUCCCAUGGCACACCUUAUCCUAACCCUGCUGGGGGCUCUUCUUAUCCUAACCCUGCUGGGGGCUCUUCUUAUCCUAACCCUGCUGGGGGCUCUUCUUAUCCCAACCCUGCUGGGGGCUCUUCUUAUCCCAACCCUGCUGGGGGCUCUUCUUAUCCCAACCCUGCUGGGGGCUCUUCUUAUCCCAACCCUGCUGGGGGCUCUUCUUAUCCCAAUCCUUCAGGGCAAGCACCUACAGCUGGUGGUCCUAACCCUGCCCCUGGUAUGUCGUAUCCAGCUCCAUAUGGUCAAUCAGGUCCUUCACCUGCAGCAUCAUGGGGCACUGGUUCAUGGGGAUCCCAAGGUGGGCAGUACCCUACACCCCCAAAUUUGCCAUACCCAGCUUCGGGUCCAUACCCCACUCCAAGCCAAGCACCUGGUGCUGUGCCUUCUGUACCAUGGGGGACUGUUCCACCAGGUCAAUGGGGUCCAGGCCCUUCUUCAUAUCCUGGAGCUCCUGGGUCCUAUCCAUCACAAAGGCCGUAUCCCUGAAGCUUCGAGAUUGGGUGCUUUCUGCUGAUGCUGCUGUACGAGAUGGCCAUCUUGUAAGUAAUUUCUGUGAACAGUGUUCCUACCGGCGUCAUUCCAAUAUAUAUUCUUUCCUGAGGUCUACUGCAAGUUCAGAUCACUGUUAGAAAAUAGCAUAGCCUGGUAGACAUAAAGAGUGAACUAAGUUCAAUAUGGAUGUGCAACGAGUGGCGGUCUGAGCGACUGUGAGCAGAGAGGGGCGGUCUGGGCGACUGUGAGCAGAGAGGGGCAGUCUGGGCGACUGUGAGCAGAGAGGGGCGGUCUGGGCGACUGUGAGACAGAGAGGGGCGGUCUGGGCGACUGUGAGCAGAGAGGGGCGGUCUUGGCGACUGUGAGCCGAGAGGGGCGGUCUGGGCGACUGUGAGCCGAGAGGGGCGGUCUGGGCGACUGUGAGCCGAGAGGGGCGGUCUGGGCGACUGUGAGCCGAGAGGGGCGGUCUGGGCGACUGUGAGCGAGAGGGGCGGUCUGGGCGACUGUGAGGGGCGGUCUGGGCGACUGUGAGCAGAGAGGGGCGGUCUGGGCGACUGUUCCAGAGAGCUGGAGAGAGGGGCGGUGAGCAGAGAGGGGCGGUCUGGGCGACUGUGAGCCGAGAGGGGCGGUCUGGGCGACUGUGAGCCGAGAGGGGCGGUCUGGGCGACUGUGAGCCGAGAGGGGCGGUCUGGGCGACUGUGAGCAGAGAGGGGCGGUCUGGGAUUCAUGCUGUAUGUUCAUUUCACUGUGUGCACACGAUACUCUCUCACUCCUGCCUUUCUUUCCAGAUAUUUAAUCAGUGCUCAUGGAUGAAUUGAAGUGUCUACAUAUAUAUCGCCAUCAGGGAAUGGAUCUGGAUGAAUUGCUGAAAUUUUUUAUUGUAUUGUUUUUCUUUUUCUGCGUGUAAUAAGUUGUUGAUAUACAAAUGAAUCACAGAUUAUUAGGUGAUAUUAAUUGGCACAUGGUUGUAAUCUCUUUGGAAAUUAGUCUAAAUUUUCCCAGCAAUUUUCAUCUUUUCUUUAAGAUAUGUACAAAGGAACAAAAUGAAUGCAGACAACCUAUUUUUCUAUAUCCGGUGUAACCUGCUUAGAGUCUCUCUUUAGAAAUACGGAUUGUGUGACCGUUCAAACACUUCACUGCUGCACUGGACUGUAAAAUGCAGUCAAGCACCAUAACCACUGUGGUUAAUUGUAUUGUCACAGUUUGCGUUAGUGGUUAAGGUGCUAGGAACCCUCUGGUUUUUGUCAAGCUGGAUUUUUCAGCAGUUAGCCCACCGCUGUGCUUUGCUAACAUACAUAUAUCCUUCUAGCUGUCCAGAACAUAGUGCUGUAUAGUCAUUAUGGUGCUCCUGAAGGGUUAAGUGACUUGUGGUUUGGCCUAAAACACGCAGUGCAGUAUGCGUAGUGAUGUCUCCGCUCCCGUAGAAAUUCUCUGCUCUUUGCUUCCAAGGGGGUUAACAGUUUGUCUAAAUAAGAACCAUAACCACUGCAAUAAGCUCGCAUGUAGUGCAGCGAAACGUUAUCCAAUAAAGACAAAUAUGCCAAAUAAAAGCAAAGUGUUUUUUUUUGUUGUUUUUUUUUAAAAGCUAGUGCCAUUUUCCUCUGUGUAUGAAAUAUUUUGUUUCUUUGCACAGGGACUCCUUGCUAGUUGUCAUAAUGUCUCAAGCUUUGCUCUCCCCCUGCUGGCUGGCUGGCUGAAGAUAUGUCCUGCUACUAGGACUACUGAACGUCACCGUUUAGGCUGCAAAUCCCUUCUUUUAACAAACUUUUUUGAAGUGUAGUUUCAGCUUUGAAAUGUUUUGAACGUUCACUAAAAUUAAUGUUGGCUAAAAGACAUGGAGGUGGAGAAUUUUCUCAUUAAAGUAUGUACAUAUAUAUAUUUUGAUAUAUCAAAUAAACUAUAUAGCAAACCUGCUUGGAAGUUUCAUGAUAUUAUUUCUGUUUAAAAAUGAAAGCGUUUCAGUGACGAUUGGUCACACGCACAUUAUAUUUAUUUUUAUUGUGCGUUUGGGAAUGUAGGAGCUCGAAUGGCUCUCACAGGGUUAUUCUCUAAACUCCACAUUAUAGAGAAUGAAAGUCAAACGGCAAAAUAGCUUAAAAUAAUAUUUCAGUUCACUGCAGUUUGGGUUAUAAUGAAUAACUCUCAUCCUUUUUAAAAAGAAAACCUGUAUUCAGCCGGGCUGGAAAUAGAAUUAACCCCUUAAGGACCAAACUUCUGGAAUAAAAGGGAAUCAUGACAUGUCACACAUAUAAUGUGUCCUUAAGGGGUUAAACUUUUUCCCCGCAGAUUGGUUAUUUUGGUAUAAAAUGUGUUCGUCACUUUUUGGUUCACCAUAACUCACAGUUUAGUGAAUGAAUCCCUUAAUUUAGCAUUAACCCUGGUUAUCUUCUAGGGAAACCUCAGUGCGCUUUACUUCCUGCUCUGCAAUUCAAAGUAAAAAUAUUUCAUAUGAGCGGACAUUGAGAUGAUGCAAUGCAGCCACUGUUCUAUCAUUCUGCUAUACCCCAUCAUAUUGCUAUACCCCCGUCACUUCCGGUGAUCUGCACUUGCGUGCUAGAACUCCUGCUACUCCUCCACAGCAAGGUCCUGGAAGGUAAGAAACUAGUUUUACACUUUCAUUAUAGUUAGUGCAUUCACUAAGCUUAGGACAUGGGACAUUUAGGGUUAAUGUUAGGGUUCAAAUUAGGAUUAAGGACUUGUUCCUAUUUAGUGAUAUUUCACAUUAGGGGAAUAUCACUAAAUAGUGAUUUCUCACACUUUAUUUUAACCCUUACCCCAAGGGUUAGGGUAAGAAUAGAGUGUGAGAGAGGUUAGAAGCACUUACCUAACCCUAAUUUGAACCAUCACUUAACCCUAAAUGUCCCGUGUGCCUAAGCUUAGUGAAUGCACUAAAUAUAAUGAACGUGUAAAACUAGUUUUACUUACCUUCCAGGACCUUGCUGUGGAGGAGUAGCAGGAGUGCUAGCACGCAUGUGCAGCACAGGAUCCCCGGAAGUGACGGGGGUAUAGCAAUCUGACGGAGUAUAGCAGAAUGAUAGAACACCACCACCCUAGACUGGAGGAAUGAAUCACGCUUGUCUGUCUGUGUGAUGGGAGAAUGGGCUGAUUGCUGGAGAAUACAAUUAACAUUUUCUCACUGGACAAGCAGAGGCAACCUUCGGCACUAAAGAUGUCUUGGACUACACCUCCCAUGAUGCUUUGCCAGCAUUAUGGGGGGAUGAAGUACACAACAUCUGGGGUGCCAAAGGUUGCCUAUCCCUAGGAGGAGAUACUGCAGUCAAUAACACCACUUUUCUAGAGAAAAUUAUGGAGCAUGUACACUUCUUCGAUUAGUCCAUGUGGUGUCCUCUUGAGAAAGUAAAAAGCAUCAUGGUCGGACUGUGUAUGGCCGAGCUCUGUUCGCAUGCGUGAAAGACAAUAAUGCUGAAUAAAAUUGCUCAACUCUGGACAUUUUGCCUUUUGAAUCUGUUUGCUACAAUUCUGAAUUUAGUACGUAUAAAAAAAAAAAAAAAACACCAAAUAGUGAUUCCCAAAACAGUCCUCAAGCCACUGCUACCAGUCCAGGAUUUAGGGAUUACCCAGCUAUGUCUAAAGUGAUUUUAGAAAAAAAAAAAAACUGCUUAAUCCCUAAAUUCUGGCCCGGUUUGGGAACCACUGCCAUAUAGGUUGUUAUUCACCGAAUUCUAGGAUAUUGGAAAUUCAAAGUGAUUUUUAAACUUCAGGCCAGAAUGGUCACAUUGAAAAUACCUGCUUUGGAGAAUUCUUUAAAUUUAUCUAUUUGAGCCUAAAUUUGGAAUUUACUAUGAAUUCUUGGCAAUUCACACAUUAUAUUUAGCCCAGCUAGUUUUUGAAAGUUUAUUCUCGUCACACAAACCUCAAAUUUUGCUAAAAGGUAGGUGUAGGAGUUACCCCAAUGAGUAGAGGGGUUCCCACCGCUAGAGGGUGUCCUUCUCCCGAGUGUGAGGGGUAUUCACAGCAUUCCAGCAGUCAUCCAAGUAGAGAAGCUCUUAAAAGAGCUAGUGUGAUAGCUUUAUAGCAGUUUCCCACAAUAAGAGACAAGACUCUAGAUUGAGGGUAAAGUAAGAACUGAAGGUUUAAUGGCAGAUACUGAUCUUUUAUACAGUUUUUCCCCACAAGGUUACCGCCCAGGUGGACCUUGUGGGGCACAGAACAUGAAAUUCACAAUCCAAUAAAAACAGAGUUUUACACUUAAACACUCCCAGAUGCUGUACACAAGCCCUCCCCUCUGUUUGGGAGAUAGAGUUAAUUACUGUAUCAACUCAAUUAUCUCCCAAAAAAAAGUUUUUACCCAAUUUUGCAAACACCCCGAAAACAUAUGGGAACCUCAUAAAACAUAUAUCCCCUGAUUUGGGGGAACAACAUAUUGGGAAACAAAUCACCCAGAUCGGUUCAGGGGUUCAAGAGUUAUGUGGAAGUCUUUUAACCGACCGCACGCAUGUUUUCAUGCCCAAAAUAGUUCCAGAGGAUCAGGCUGUGCGGUUUGUCUCUUUCGUACAGUCAAAAUCCAUUAAAAGAGUCAAAUGUGGCUGUUCGUACACAUGAGCAUUGAAUGUAACUGGUUUUGUACAUUGUAUCUAACGAACGGUGCUCCGUUCGUGCAUUAACUGUCUAACAGAACAAGGAGUGGAAGUCUUAGCGGUGUUCGUGCAGUCGCGUGUCCGGUUUUUAGUUCCAUACACUCGACGACAAAACACCGCUGGCCACAUUCGUAUCCCAAGAGGGCAGCCGCCAAGUGUUCGUGCAUACGAAUGCCGACCACCCAGUUGAUCACUUGGAAUGUUAGGGUGUUUGUGGUUUUUAGAUGUGUUAAUAAGGGCAUUGGGGUUGUAACGGAGCUCCUUGUACUCCGACUGAGUACCCUCCGUUGAUGGAUGCUCCUAGCACUUCCUGAGGACUCCAAGCAGUGCAGCAGACACCAUAACCACCGCAGACUCCGCAACCGCUGUAUCUUGACUGGUGUCUCGCCGUCUUCCUUCCACCCUGGAUCAGCUUCUGUUCUCCAGGACCGUGUGGGAAAGAACUCUUCCUUCCACCCUUUAUGAACCUCCAGCAUCCAGGACUGUGUGGUGAAAACCCCUCCUCCAAGGAGAGCGUGUCAGGAACAAGCUCUUAAAAGAGCUAAGUGAUUCAAGCUCAGGGGAGCAUGCAGAGCAUAGCAAUCCCCAGUGUGAUUAUAACAGCUCCCUCCGAUAACGAGACAAGGCUACAUUUAGAGGGAUCAAGAAGAACUGUCUAAACCUUUAUUUCCCUUGGGAUAACAUUAACAUUGCUGUGAAAACUCAAUAAAAUCACAAACAGUUAAACCAUAGCAGGCAACACACACAAUGGCACAUUUUUAAAGGGGUGGGGGAGACAAUAUUUAACAGUAAAUAUCUCACCUGCCUGCAGAAUUAGCAAUAUGCAAAUCUACCCAAAUAUGCAAAUGAACCAGGCUUGCAAUUCAGGUAGUGCAUAUUGCAUAUUGCUACCAACAGAGGGCACUAGACAAGCUCCAUAGCCAAACCCACCUAGUUGGUAGCAAACCUCAGCAGUACAGGAGAGCAGGCAAUACAUUUAACACGACACACACACACACUAUAAACAAUUACAUUACACACACCCUGCACCUAUAAUGGGUACAGGGUGACUAAAACAUAGGAUAAAUAAAGCAGCCUACAUAAAUAGUCUGUCUGAAGGUAUACUAGGGGCCCCAAAGCCAGAUACAUGAAAGAGUCAUAGUCACAGGGGAGGAGGCUGGCAAGCAGGCCUCUCCAGGACCAAGUGGCGAAGGGCACUUUGUCACAGGGGUUAACAAGCACCACGCUCCAGAUCUGGGUGGCCGGUCGUUCGGUAGAUAAUUCGUUAUUUGAACGGCCAUUAGUAAAAUGAAGGUGAAUCUUUUCAAUACGAACUGUUAGACGAACAAAGAGUUUCAAAGUUUAAAAUUCAGGGACAGAGGGUCUGUCACAGUAGGUGACUGAAAAAUCAAAGAUGGAUCUUGCAAGUAGAGAGAGAGGGAAACCGCCCUACAAUUGAUACAAUUGUUGCUCACGGGGGGAGGAAAUACCCCCAACAAAAUCUAACGAACUUGUAGCCCUUUGAGGUUUGCACCCUCUACAAGGGGCAUUUUGUAUUGCUACAUAGUGGAACAUUUGUGGUAUUUUUAUAUUAUUUCGACAUCGGAUGGGAUUUCUCAUUCUCAAUGUGAUCGACUCACCAAGGCUAUGGUGUGUGUGCGACAUUAAUAAGAAAAAUGUAAUUGGGUUUAUUCACUAAAAGGAGUAAAAGUGAAUUUCAAAUUUAAGGCCAAAGUAUCCAAACCUGAAACAUUGCCGACUUAGAGAAUGGUUCCAGUGCGGCAGGUACAACUCCCAACAUCCUCAGCCAGUCUGUGAGGAUUAACUCCAUGGAAACAAAAUGCAUCAAACCUUGCAUUAGUAUCCAUGGUGACUGCUCCGCUUGUUUUGUGUUGGCGACAUUUUGUGGGGGAUGUAUAGAAUAAGUAAAUCUGGGUCAAAGUUUCAAACGUGGGUCUGUUACUAUGGAAACGAGCGCCAUGUUCCCGCUAACGGCAUCGCAGGAAUGCUCUUUAACCCUGGUGGGUUAUUCAGUAAACUUCAAAUUCGCAUUCACCAGGGAACUCAACACGUCAUGGAUUCGGCAGAGCAGCUUGGCUAUUUGGCCUGAAAGUUGCUGAGCUCCCUGGACCCUCUCAGAUGCUCGUACUGACACUAUAAACUAGUCCUUACAGCAAUUGUCAGAGCGUCAGCGGCGCACACUCAGUCCAUCCCUGUUGUCAAUCACUGCUACGGAUUGAUAUUACACUCCCCAUCGCCAUGACACCACCCGAGAGAGGGGCCACAUGGCUCCAGCAUCACCAUAACACCACCCGAGAGAGGGGCCACAUGGCUCCAGCAUCACCAUAACACCACCCGAGAGAGGGGCCACAUGGAUCCAGGGACCCUCAUUCAGUGAGCCAAUCACUGCUGCGGACUGGUGUUACACUCCCCAUCGCCAUGACACCACCCAAGAGAGGGGCCACAUGGAUCCAGGGACCCUCAUUCAGUGAGCCAAUCACUGCUACGGACUGGUAUUACACUCCCCAUCGCCAUGACACCACCCGAGAGAGGGGCCACAUGGAUCCAGGGACCCUCAUUCAGUGAGCCAAUCACUGCUACGGACUGGUAUUACACUCCCCAUCGCCAUGACACAACCCGAGAGAGGGGCCACAUGGCUCCAGCAUCACUAUAACACCACCCGAGAGAGGGGCCACAUGGAUCCAGGGGCCCUCAUUCAGUGAGCCAAUCACUGCUACGGACUGGUAUUACACUCCCCAUCGCCAUGACACCACCCGAGAGAGGGGCCACAUGGCUCCAGCAUCACCAUAACACCACCCGAGAGAGGGGCCACAUGGAUCCAGGGACCCUCAUUCAGUGAGCCAAUCACUGCUACGGACUGGUAUUACACUCCCCAUCGCCAUGACACCACCCGAGAGAGGGGCCACAUGGAUCCAGGGACCCUCAUUCAGUGAGCCAAUCACUGCUACGGACUGGUAUUACACUCCCCAUCGCCAUGACACCACCCGAGAGAGGGGCCACAUGGCUCCAGGGACCCUCAUUCAGUGAGCCAAUCACUGCUGCGGACUGGUAUUACACUCCACAUCGCCAUGACACCACCCGAGAGAGGGGCCACAUGGAUCCAGGGACCCUCAUUCAGUGAGCCAAUCACUGCUGCGGACUGGUAUUACACUCUGCGUCGCCAUAACACCACCCAAGAGAGGGGCCACAUGGAUCCAGGGACCCUCAUUCAGUGAGCCAAUCACUGCUGCGGACUGGUAUUACACUCCCCAUCGCCAUGACACCACCCGAGAGAGGGGCCACAUGGAUCCAGGGACCCUCAUUCAGUGAGCCAAUCACUGCUGCGGACUGGUAUUACACUCCCCAUCGCCAUGACACAACCCGAGAGAGGGGCCACAUGGAUCCAGGGACCCUCAUUCAGUGAGCCAAUCACUGCUACGGACUGGGAUUACACUCCCCAUCGCCAUGACACCACCCGAGAGAGGGGCCACAUGGAUCCAGGGGCCCUCAUUCAGUGAGCCAAUCACUGCUACGGACUGGUAUUACACUCCCCAUCGCCAUGACACCACCCGAGAGAGGGGCCACAUGGCUCCAGCAUCACCAUAACACCACCCGAGAGAGGGGCCACAUGGAUCCAGGGACCCUCAUUCAGUGAGCCAAUCACUGCUACGGACUGGUAUUACACUCCCCAUCGCCAUGACACAACCCGAGAGAGGGGCCACAUGGCUCCAGCAUCACUAUAACACCACCCGAGAGAGGGGCCACAUGGAUCCAGGGACCCUCAUUCAGUGAGCCAAUCACUGCUACGGACUGGUAUUACACUCCCCAUCGCCAUGACACCACCCGAGAGAGGGGCCACAUGGCUCCAGCAUCACCAUAACACCACCCGAGAGAGGGGCCACAUGGAUCCAGGGACCCUCAUUCAGUGAGCCAAUCACUGCUACGGACUGGUAUUACACUCCCCAUCGCCAUGACACAACCCGAGAGAGGGGCCACAUGGCUCCAGCAUCACCAUAACACCACCCGAGAGAGGGGCCACAUGGAUCCAGGGACCCUCAUUCAGUGAGCCAAUCACUGCUACGGACUGGUAUUACACUCCCCAUCGCCAUGACACAACCCGAGAGAGGGGCCACAUGGCUCCAGCAUCACCAUAACACCACCCGAGAGAGGGGCCACAUGGAUCCAGGGACCCUCAUUCAGUGAGCCAAUCACUGCUACGGACUGGUAUUACACUCCCCAUCGCCAUGACACCACCCGAGAGAGGGGCCACAUGGAUCCAGGGACCCUCAUUCAGUGAGCCAAUCACUGCUACAGACUGGUAUUACACUCCCCAUCGCCAUAACACCACCCAAGAGAGGGGCCACAUGGAUCCAGGGGCCCUCAUUCAGUGAGCCAAUCACUGCUACGGACUGGUAUUACACUCCCCAUCGCCAUAACACCACCCAAGAGAGGGGCCACAUGGAUCCAGGGGCCCUCAUUCAGUGAGCCAAUCACUGCUACGGACUGGUAUUACACUCCCCAUCGCUAUGACACCACCCGAGAGAGGGGCCACAUGGAUCCAGGAACCCUCAUUCAGUGAGCCAAUCACUGCUACGGACUGGUAUUACACUCCACAUCGCCAUGACACAACCCGAGAGAGGGGCCACAUGGCUCCAGCAUCACCAUAACACCACCCGAGAGAGGGGCCACAUGGAUCCAGGGACCCUCAUUCAGUGAGCCAAUCACUGCUACGGACUGGUAUUACACUCCCCAUCGCCAUGACACCACCCGAGAGAGGGGCCACAUGGAUCCAGGGACCCUCAUUCAGUGAGCCAAUCACUGCUGCGGACUGGUAUUACACUCCCCAUCGCCAUGACACCACCCAAGAGAGGGGCCACAUGGAUCCAGGGACCCUCAUUCAGUGAGCCAAUCACUGCUACGGACUGGUAUUACACUCCCCAUCGCCAUGACACAACCCGAGAGAGGGGCCACAUGGCUCCAGCAUCACUAUAACACCACCCGAGAGAGGGGCCACAUGGAUCCAGGGGCCCUCAUUCAGUGAGCCAAUCACUGCUACGGACUGGUAUUACACUCCCCAUCGCCAUGACACCACCCGAGAGAGGGGCCACAUGGCUCCAGCAUCACCAUAACACCACCCGAGAGAGGGGCCACAUGGAUCCAGGGACCCUCAUUCAGUGAGCCAAUCACUGCUACGGACUGGUAUUACACUCCCCAUCGCCAUGACACCACCCGAGAGAGGGGCCACAUGGAUCCAGGGACCCUCAUUCAGUGAGCCAAUCACUGCUACGGACUGGUAUUACACUCCCCAUCGCCAUGACACCACCCGAGAGAGGGGCCACAUGGCUCCAGGGACCCUCAUUCAGUGAGCCAAUCACUGCUGCGGACUGGUAUUACACUCCACAUCGCCAUGACACCACCCGAGAGAGGGGCCACAUGGAUCCAGGGACCCUCAUUCAGUGAGCCAAUCACUGCUACGGACUGGUAUUACACUCCCCAUCGCCAUGACACCACCCGAGAGAGGGGCCACAUGGCUACAGCAUCACCAUAACACCACCCGAGAGAGGGGCCACAUGGAUCCAGGGACCCUCAUUCAGUGAGCCAAUCACUGCUACGGACUGGUAUUACACUCCCCAUCGCCAUGACACCACCCGAGAGAGGGGCCACAUGGAUCCAGGGACCCUCAUUCAGUGAGCCAAUCACUGCUGCGGACUGGUAUUACACUCUGCGUCGCCAUAACACCACCCAAGAGAGGGGCCACAUGGAUCCAGGGACCCUCAUUCAGUGAGCCAAUCACUGCUGCGGACUGGUAUUACACUCUGCGUCCCAUGGCGGAAAUGGUUUAACAUUGAAAUGGGGCAGCACUAAUGAGAAGUGGUUAUGGUGCCUAGAGUGUGUCUUUAAAGGGUUAACAAUUCUACCAGUAAAGGGAAAAAUGAAACAUGAUACGGUCCUCAUAGUGUCUUACAUCACAGGCCUGCACCAUCAUAAAUCUACGGCAUGCACAGUGUGUGCCAGGCUGUGCCUUGACCGCCUCCUAUAGGAUAUAUGUCUUUAUUGUAUAGUAGGUGUCAUUUGUGUUCACUGCUUCCCCCUGAUGGGGAUUACCCAGAAUAACAGCAUGAUAUUAAAGUCAGAUUGCUUGCAGUGAUGGGAGUUAGGCUGCACCUUAUUCCUACCAAUAACAGGUGGGGCAGUACCUGCUGUGUGUAUAUAGACACGUACUAAGUAUCACUCACUGACUCACACGCCUACUUCCUGCAUUGUGAUCAGAGCUGGAGCAUGGAGUCCCUGGGCUCUCUCCUCCUGGUCUGUGGGCUUCUGCCCUGGGGGGUCUUCCUGCAAGAACACAGCAAUGCUGCCCAGAACUGCUUCUGUCAGGUAGGUGCUCACCUGAGUGCAAGGGGGCAGUGUCUGAUAUAAAGUACCAAUAGAUCUAACCAUGUCUGACACAAAGUGUCAAUAGAUCUACCCCCCCCCACUCCACUUGUCUGAUACAAAGUGUGUCAAUAGAUCUACCCCCCCUCCACCUGUCUGAUACAAAGUGUCAAUAGAUCUACCCCCCCUCCACCUGUCUGAUACAAAGUGUCAAUAGAUCUACCCCCCUCCACCUGUCUGAUACAAAGUGUGUCAAUAGAUCUACCCCCCCACCUGUCUGAUACAAAGUGUGUCAAUAGAUCUACCCCCCCUCCACCUGUCUGAUACAAAGUGUCAAUAGAUCUACCCCCCCACCUGUCUGAUACAAAGUGUCAAUAGACAACCUGGAAGGGAGGAGCAGUAAUGAGAAUUCAGGUAUCACAUUAACCCUGUAUUAUGAUAUAUCUGCAACAUAUUCCACAACGCUUUAUAAUUGUAGGAUGGGGAUAUACAAGAAAUUGGCAGAAUAGAACCGUGACCACUGAAGAAAGCCCUGCUCUAAGGAGCUCCCAAAGUAUGAAGCUCUGUGAAGGAGCUCCCAAAGUAUGAAGCUCUGUGAAGGAGCUCCCAAAGUAUGAAGCUCUGUGAAGGAGCUCCCAAUCUAUGAGGCUCUGUGAAGGAGCUCCCAAUCUAUGAGGCUCUGUGAAGGAGCUCCCAAUCUAUGAGGCUCUGUGAAGGAGCUCCCAAUCUAUGAGGAAGGGGUAAAGAUACACAUGAGACAUAGCCCAUGUCAGAGGAAGGCAGGAUUGAUGGAUAAGAUGCCGCUGUUGAAUAAACUGGUAAGUGUUGUGAGGAGGAUAGCGAGGUGUAGGAUUUCCUAAAGAGACCUUUUCAGUGACUUCUUAAAGGGACCCAGACCACUUUAUUGACAAAUCGCAUUGGAAUAAAGUAGUCUGGGUGCAAUGUUUACAUUAAAGGGUUAAACAUGCCAUUGGCUAUCUUCCUGACCGCCACCUCUGCUGCAAGAAAGCGAUAAAACGCGGACAUGUGAUGUUUGACAUCCUCGAGGUCGUCCCAAAUGCUGCUCACCGGGAAGGAUUGUAUGAGAAGGCAACAAAGCACCGCCUGCUAGAUGAUGUCGCAGGAGGAGGAGCUGACGGCAGAGUGAGUCUCAGUGCUGUAAAAUACACUUGUUAAUCGCUGCAAUGGGGUCGGGCGCCCUGACUCAAAUUGGGGACUAGAACACUAUAUAACGUCGGGAAUACGUGUUUGUGUUCCUCCAACGGACCGGAGGCUAGUGGAAAAUCUGGCGCAGGGUAGAGAAUUCCAUAGGAACAGGGCACUUAACAAAAUCCAUCAGAUAUAGGAGAAGGUCGCUCGCAAUGUGACGAACAGGAAGGAGUGUAUUUGUUGAGUAAAGAAGAAAUGGAGUGGCGUUAGUGAGAGCUUUGUAGGUUAGCGUUAGCAGUUUGAAUUGCAUUCUCCAGGGUACAGGAAACCAGUGUAAAGAUUGGCGAUGGGAAUAACUGUCAGUCGAGAUACUCGGCCUUGCGGCAGCAUUCAUUACAGGCCGAAGAGGGGGCAAUGUUCCCCUGGACCCUAACCCCUUCUUUCCCUUAACCCUGCGCAGGGUUUAUGGUGCCAUUUGUGGAUAGACAGACUGGCUUAGCAGGGCUAGACCUAGAUCACCUGUCUGACUGUAGGAGCCAUUCGAGGACGGACGGAUUUAGCAGGGCUAGAUCACCUUUCAGACUGUAGGAGCCAUUCGAGGACGGACGGAUUUAGCAGGGCUAGGCCUAGAUCACCUGUCUGGCUAGGCCUAGAUCACCUGUCUGACUGUAGGAGCCAUUCGAGGUCGGACGGAUUUAGCAGGGCUAGGCCUAGAUCACCUGUCUGACUGUAGGAGCCAUUCGAGGACGGACGGAUUUAGCAGGGCUAGGCCUAGAUCACCUGUCUGACUGUAGGAGCCAUUUGAGGAUGGACGGAUUUAGCAGGGCUAGAUCACCUGUCUGACUGUAGGAGCCAUUCGAGGACGGACGGAUUUAGCAGGGCUAGAUCACCUGUCUGACUGUAGGAGCCAUUCGAGGACGGACGGAUUUAGCAGGGCUAGGCCUAGAUCACCUGUCUGACUGUAGGAGCCAUUCGAGGACGGACGGAUUUAGCAGGGCUAGGCCUAGAUCACCUGUCUGACUGUAGGAGCCAUUCGAGGACGGACGGAUUUAGCAGGGCUAGAUCACCUGUCAGACUGUAGGAGCCAUUCGAGGAUGGACGGAUUUAGCAGGGCUAGAUCACCUGUCAGACUGUAGGAGCCAUUCGAGGACGGACGGAUUUAGCAGGGCUAGGCCUAGAUCACCUGUCUGACUGUAGGAGCCAUUCGAGGAUGGACGGAUUUAGCAGGGCUAGAUCACCUGUCUGACUGUAGGAGCCAUUCGAGGACGGACGGAUUUAGCAGGGCUAGAUCACCUGUCAGACUGUAGGAGCCAUUCGAGGACGGACGGAUUUAGCAGGGCUAGAUCACCUGUCAGACUGUAGGAGCCAUUCGAGGACGGACGGAUUUAGCAGGGCUAGGCCUAGAUCACCUGUCUGACUGUAGGAGCCAUUUGAGGAUAGACCAACCGGUGGUGUAAGUCUCGCCCUGCUAAAUGAUGCAUUUCUCUUGAAAUUUGUCCAGGUGAGCGGCGUGCUGGAUGACUGUACUUGUGAUGUGGAAACAAUCGACCAUUUUAAUUCCAAACUCUUUUCUAAACUACAAAUCCUCCUGGAGAGUGACUAUUUCCGAUAUUACAAGGUAAGCUGAUUUAUUUAGUGUUCUAAUCUCCCGCUGUGAGCAUGACACAGGGUUAUUACCAUAACUACUACCUUGACCUCCUUCACCAGUAAUGGGGCAAGCUGUCUUUGCAAUGGCUUGACAUUUUACCUGGGUGGCCAGUGAUGACAUCCGGCUUCACUAAAAGUCGGUCCCUCUAGCUAUGUUUUGACUGAAAGCAUAUGAGCUUAUACUCUAAUGGCUACUGCAGCGGUACUAAAACCUCUGUUAAUUAAAUGGACAUAAAGAUUAAUGUGUGUUUAAACAAUGGGGCUUAAAUGCUAUAACAACUUAUGCUGCCCAAGAGUAGUGGGAGUUUGGGUUCAGGGUUAAUAUGAUUGGGGACGCAGGGCUGAUGUGGUGGUUAAAAUUUCUUGUUUGCGCCGAGCACCUCACCGGCAGGUGAAACGCUGGCAGAUAUUCCAUAUGUCCUCAAAGCUGUGUGUCUUUCUACGUCAAUAUCACUGAAUUCGUUUUAUUUUGUGCAGGUGAACCUAAACAAAGCAUGCCCAUUCUGGGAUGACGACAGCCAUUGUGGGCUGAGAGAUUGUGCGGUCCAGCCAUGUCCUAAAGUGAGUAUUAAAGGCUGCCUGUAGCGGAGAGGUAGUAUAAUCCACAGUAUCUCCGCUGGGUAACAUGAACAGCAUAAAUUAAUCAGAUGCCGCCAGCAUACGAAUGCUCUUGUUCGCAUGAAAUACAGAUAUCUGAAUACACUUGGUUCUAACAACCUUAAAGCUAUAGCAACACAUUAAUGCAAAUACAGUCAUAAGUGGCUAGUUUUGCCACAAUGCUCCCCCAGAACCAAGCCAGGCAUAUACAGUCUGAUCCCAACGGAUUGGCUUGGGGAUGUCCGGAGGAGUACUCACAGAUCACUUUUCAAGGUCUGUUUGUCGGGAUAACCCGUCGGCGUUGCCAUUUUGCUUCCCAGGGCGGUAGUGAAUGGUAAAGUCAAAAGGCUGCAGUGCCAAACUCCAGCGCAGCAGCCUGGCAUUGUCUCCUGACACCCUGUUCAGCCACACCAACGGGUUGUGAUCUGUGAGUAAGGUAAAUAGUUGCCCAUAUAAAUAGGGUUGCAGUUUUUUGAGGGCCCACACCACAGCCAGGCACUCCUUUUCAAUGGCGACGUAGCUUACUUCUCUGGGUAAUGGUUUUUGGCUUAGAUAAGCUACUUGGAGUGACUGCCUCGGUUGCUCCAUGCUGUUCUGUUUGUACACAGUGUACGGCUGCUAGGUGCUGUAUUAUUCCAGCUGGGCCUGGGUCGGUUACGUGGACAGUCUCGCUGGAUAUGCCCCUGCUGGUUGCAGGUGUGGCAACGAAUUGGCAGACGUGCAGUGUACCUGGGGGUGUAGGCAUUUUGGAUAGUAGAGGUCACCGCUGGUAUCGUUGGUGCAGGGUUAUAUACUGGUCGGUUUUGGGUGCGCUGGUCCCUCCGGGUAUCUUGGAACUCAUCCGCCAACUUGGCAGCCUCUUGCAGGGUGUGUGGCUUUUGGUCCCUUACCCAAUUCUGUAGGUGGGAAGGUAUCCCGUCAAAGAACUGUUCCAUGACCAUUAACUGUAACAGGCCCUCCACGUCUUUCUCGUGGCUGGGUCGGAGUAAAGUGGAGUUUUCUGGUUCUCAUGCUCUCUUUGUCUUAUCCGCUUGGAGGUUUGUUGGCCCGGCGGGUGCCACUUUUCCAUCUCUGGUACCCUGAUUCCCUGGCCAUUGUGUGGGGAGUAGGGUGUGCGUUAGUCAUGUGAGUGUGUGUAUGAUGUCUCUAUUUCCUUCCCUUCUCCUAGUCUCCCCAGUCCCCAGCCGACCAGAGUUCCCAUACUUUUUUGUGUGCCUUUAGUGUGCCCCUGAUUUGGGAUGUUAGUCGGUCCAUUACGUGGGCGUCUUUUAUCGUAUUUAUGACUGCGUUAAUCUGGGGAAUAUCUGGCUUGAGCCAGCUCUGUGCCAUUGUUUGUCUAGCUGCUAAGAUGAUGUUGUUGAACAAUUUUUGUUCCAUUCUCGGCCAGUUAUCUAUUGGUCUGGAUAAAAGGAACACCCACGGGUCUAUGUUGAUCUGUCUUUGGAACACCCUCUCUAGCAAACUCCACACCCCCACCCAGAAGGUUUUUGCUUUGUGGCAGUCCCACCACAUGUGCUUGUAUGUCCCCUUAUGUCCGCACCCCCUCCAACACAGGUCAUCUAUAGAUUUGUGCAUGUGGUAUAAUUUUACUGGUGUGGUAUACCAUCUGAACAUGGUUUUGUAUGCCUGUUCCUGUUGUGUUACGCAUAUCGAAGUGGCCUUGUUUGCUUCCCAGAUUUCUCUCCAUUCUGUGCCCUCUAGGACCUCCCCCAGGUCUGUUUCCCAUUGUGUUUAUGUAGUGAAGCUCACCCCUUUCGGGAGUGUUGGAGCUUAAGUGGGCGUAUAUGGGGGUUUCCCCUGAAGCACAUCUGUUUGAAACUCGUUAAUUUAGUGUGGGCUGCUGUCUUUGCUAAGGUGUGUUGUGCAAAAUCACGUAUUUGAAUAUAUCUAAAGUCAGCAGGCUUUAGUCUAGCUUUUUCUGUCAGAGGUGUAGUGCUCUCUGUAGGUCUGUCUCUUCUAUUCAUUUUUAGUCGUGUGCCCGCAUUCCUGGGGGGAAUGCCCUGUUCCUUAGGAUGGGCAUCAUAGGAGAGGGGGAUGAUGUUUCAUAUUUCAGGGCCGUGGCAUCCCAUUAUCUAAGGGAAUUUAAGAUCGCUGGGCAUUGUGUGCGGAUUAGUGCCCUGUGCUCCUUCGGCAGCCAAAUGUAGAAUUGGGGUAAGUCUAUGCCAAUCAGUUCUGACUCGAGGUCCACCCACUUGCGAUCCUCCGGUGUCGAGUGCCACAUAGCUAUCUGUGCCGCCAGGUAGUAAUUGUGUAGAUGUGGUAGGCCCAGUCGUCCCUCCCCCCCCUGUCUUUGGGGCGAUUAUAGUACAUGCUUAGACACCCUAUGUCUUUUGUGCUGCCAAAUAAAUUCCCCUAUUGUUUCCUGUAGGGGUGCCAGGUCCCAUUUCGUGAUUGGUAUGGGCAAUGCCUGGAAAAAGAACAGCAGCCUGGGUAAAACAUUCAUUUUUAUCGUGUGGAUUCUUCCAAUCCACGAGAUUGGUUUGUCCACCCAUUUCCCCAGGUCCGCUAGAAGUGUCUUGAGGAGGGGAGUGUAGUUAGCGGUGUACAACUGUGUGGGGUCUCCUGUGAUCUGUAUUCCCAGGUAUUUUAUAGACUGGGAGGUGAUUGGGAUGUGGUGUUUAUCUCGUAUGUAUGUCGCGUCAGUUGUCGUCAUGGCUAUAGGGAGGGCAUUUGAUUUUGAGAGGUUAACCUGGUAUCCUGAUAAGGCACUAUAUUCAGUCAGUUCAUUCGUUAGGGCCAACAUGGAGCUUUUAGGGUUUGUGAGAGUGAGGAGUAUGUCGUCCGCAUAUCCUGAAACUUUAUAUGUCUGUCUCCCUACGUGAACGCCUUCGAUGCUGGGAUUGGUGCGGAUGGCCUGUAGUAGGGGCUCCAGGGAGAGCACGAACAACAGGGGCGAGAGUGGUCAGCCUUGUCUCAUACCGUUAUGGAGGGGAAAAGGUGUAGUCUUGGCCCCUGUGAUUUUAAUUUGUGCUUUUACAUCUGUGUACAUAGCUUUUAUUGUCGUAAGGUACGUCCCUGGAAUGUUUAGGUGUUGUAAGAGGGCAAACAUGUAUGGCCAUUUCACCCUAUCAAAGCCCUUUUCAGCGUCAAGGGAGAGGAGUAGCGUCAGGACUGUGGCCUUUGUCUGGGUCUAAAUUAGAUCAAUGUUUCGUCUGGUGUUCUCAAAGAGCUGACGUCCUGGAAUGAAACCCACCUGGUCUGCAUUUAUUAGUCUUGUUAGUUGUGGAGAUAGUCUGUCAGCUAAUAUCUUAGCUAGUAUUUUGACAUCGUGAUUGAUAAGUGAUAUUGGUCUAUAGUGUUCGGGUCUUGUGGCGUCUUUCCCUGCCUUCGGUAAGAGGACUAUGUGUGCUGUGGACAUUUCAGGAUCCGGGCGCCCCCCUCCAUUAAAUAAUUGUACCAUUUGAGCAUAUGUGGCAUCAGCUCCGUCCUGAAUGUUUUAUAGUAGCUUCCCUCAUAUCCGUCUGGUCCAGGGGCUUUAUGUCCCUUGAGUCGUGUUAUGGCUCGGUCUAUCUCGUCUGCUGUGAUCUCAGCACCGAGGACGGUUUGAGUUGUUGGGCUUAGUUUGGGUAGUUGUAGUUUCGUGAGAUAAGUGUGUAUGGCCUCUCGAUAUGUUAUGUCGUCAUUGUUGUCCCCAGGGGAGUGAUUGUAAAGGGUUUUGAAGAAGUCCGUGAAGACUUCUGCUAUUUCUGUUGGUGCUGUUUUUGUAUGGCCGCUGCAAUCUUUAGUCCUUGUGAUGUGUGCAUGUCUUGGUCUCAGGCGUAAUGUGCAGGCCGGGAAUGUGUCCAUCUUAUUUGCGUGUUCGUAAAAUGUCCUCUUGGACUGUUAUGUCCCUGGCUACGUCAUCUAGGAGAGUUUUUCCCGUAUGUGCCGUCUCACGGUAUUCAGUUUUUGAAGACCGUCGGGUCUGUUUUGUGUUUGUGUUCUAAAGUGCGUAAGUCCGUCAGAAAAGCUUGUAGCUUUUGGGUCUUGCGUUUCUUUUUGCGGGUGGCUUCCCUGAAAAGCGCCCCUCUGAUAACUGACUUUUAUGUGCGGCCCAUAUGGUCGCCGGGGAUACAUCUGGGGUCAUGUUCAAAUGAAAGUAUUGUGAUCUCUGUUUGUAUGGUCGCCUUUACUUUGGGGUCUUGUAACAGGGAAGCAUUCAAUUUCCACGACCAUGCUGUCUUGGUGCAUAGGUCAUCCAAUUCAAUGCUUAGAUCAGCGUGGUCCGACCAGGUGAUCGAACCCACUGUGUAUUUUUUAAUUCUAGGUAUGGUUUGAUUAUUCACUAAGAAAUAGUCAAUGCGUGAAUACGAGUCGUGUGGUGUGGAGUAAAAUGUGUAGUCUGUUUCCCCUGGGUGUUGUGUCCUCCAAAUGUCAAUUAGUCCUGUGGCUUGUAUAAAUUCAUGAAUCAGUCUAUCCUGUCUUCCUCUACCCUGCGAACGUGGCAGUCCCCUUCCAUGUCCCCUAUCUACAGCAGGGCUGGGUUACCGCGUUGAGGUCGCCCCCCCCAUGAUAAUCAUUAAAUGAGAUAGUGUGGUGAUUUUUAUUUUGGAUACGCUCCCAGAACUCCCUGGAUGGGUCAUUGGGUGCGUAAAUAUUGAUGAGGUUGAUUGUGUGCGCUAAUAGCGUUCCCGAGACUAUCACGAAUAGUCCAUGUCAAUUCCUGUGACGCGCAUGGGGCAUCGUUUGUGGAGUAAUAUCGCCACCCCAUUGCGUUUCCUUUGUGAGCGUGCCUCGUAGCCUGUGGUGUAUAUGUGGUCUUUUAGUGUCAUUCCCAGUGUGCGUGGUAGGUGCGUCUCUUGCAAAAAGGUUAUGUCCGGAUAUAGUCUCUUUAGUUCUCUAAAGAGAAGGCGUUUUUUUGUUUUGUUUUUUUUUUUAUUUAUUUUUUUUUUUUUGGCCUGCAUUUAACCCAUUCACGUUUUAAGGAGGUAAUUUUUAUAGGCAUGUUAAUGUGUGAGUAAGGAUGUUAUGUGGUGACUCACUGUUGUCGUCAGCUGUCUUUAUCUCCCCGCUGAGUCCUGUGCGCCCCCGCUGGGCUUUGCCUCCAUCUGCCGCUGUGCUUGUUGUGUCGUCCGGGGCAUGAAAGGAUGAGGGGUAACUGGGUAGGUGAAGGGGGAAGUAGAUAUAUAGAUCAAAAACAUAGGUAAAACAUGUGUUUUUAACAACCAAAAAUCGUCUGGUCUUAUUUGGUGCCAGACUGGGUUGGAGCGCAUGCAUCCGCUCGUCCCACCCUUUGCCAUGGGGUGAGUUGCGCGGAGGCAUGGACCCUCUACUGCACGAAUGCGCCUAUCGGCCCGUUUCUAGUAUACGACUGUGCACAGUUUAAGAUUGUUUCCACUACGGUCGCCCCCUGGGGAGUCCCCCAUGGUAAUUUUCCCAGUGACCCUGUUGUUCACCGCAUCCCUCCCCUCCCUCACAUCCCCCAUUGACCCAGGGUUCCCCACUGUCUGUCUCCGCACCUUCAGUGGCUAUGCAGUGUCCAUGACCAGGGGGCGCGAGCGUCCGCGCCGGAUGCCCCGGCCAUCCGUGUUUGUCGAGGGGAGCUGAGCGGGAUGCCCCCAGCACUGACUCUGCCCCCCGCCUAGUGUUGACAUUCUACAUGUUGAGUCCCUGAGGCUUGUACCCUUGAUAUCCGCAUGGCAGCGGUGUACGUCGGUGAUAGUCCGGCCAUUGCUUGUCAGUCUCCAUGGAUUCAUUUGGUGUCCAUCCCCCCCUUUGUUUAAAAUUUUCGGAUUCCGAUAAGUCCGCGGGAAGGUGGGUAUAGGAGCUGCAUAGCGUGAAGGGGUCCCUCUAAGACGGCCUGUAUUAUUACUCCUCCACCUCAUACCACUCUCUCGGGAGGAGCUGCAGGUCAGUUGUGGUGGUCGGUUGCCACUGGAAUGUCUGUGGCCUAGGGAUGUCCAGUGCUCGGAGAAAGGUGUCCACAUCUCUGUCUGGGAGCAGAAUCUUCGGUCUCCCAUUCUUGAAGGCCAUUAGUUUAAAGGGGAGUCCCCACGCGUAUUUGAUGUUGUUUGUGCGUAGCAGGUCUGUGACCGGUCUCCAGGCUCUGCGUCUCUCAAGUGUUGCAGGGGAGAGGUCCUGAUAGAGUGAAAUGGUGGUCCCUUUAUAUGUAAUGGGUCCUUCUCUGCUCCACUUCAUAAGUGUUUCUUUUGUCUGGUAGAACUGAAAGCGCAUAAUGACGUCUCUCUGUUGCUUUGCAUCUGUGCUUCUUGCGCCCAGGGCUCGGUGUACCCUGUAGCGGAACGCCAAUAUUAAAUCCACGAAUUCCGCUGGUUCAGGAAGUAAUUCACAGUCAAGCGCUGAAACCACAAGGCAAUAUCCCCAACCUCCCAGUAACCGGACGAAACACAGUUCUGAGAGUCAACUGAAGUCCUUUAAUUCUGCUUCACAAUUUAUACAAGUCCCCAUGCAAGGGGUUUCCUGAGUCCCUUCCCAGGGGCACUCCCAGAGGGGACUACAUGGAGAACUUACAGUACAAAACAUUUCUCCCAUCAGGCACUGCUGCACGAGAGGGAUCCUCCCACUGGAAUAUACUGUUGUGGAUUAUCCCUCCGUGCAGCAGAACCGACAAUUUAUAUAAAAAUCUGUAACUUUUCGAAUAUGCAGUUUAUUUGCACGAAUGGACGUUCGGUAGAUAGCUGGGGUCUGAGCGCAUCAUUCGUGUGAUUACCGCUCAGAUCCCAGCUAAAAUAACCGAACGCCGCACGAAAAACACAUUUAUUGAGAAACAUAUUAAAAAGACCGAUUGCCUUCCAGGGAAUGAAAUACCGAACGGCCCGGAACUCCCGAACGUCCUGGAGGCUCAGCGGUGUUCGUGCCGUUGAGUAGCCGUUUUUAGUACCAUGCGCUCGACGACCUAACACCGCUGAGGGAACAAAGGAUCCAAGAUGGCCUACCGCCACAUGGUCGGUAGUCGAACGGCGGCCACACAGGAGAGCCUCUAAUUACCGAUUGCAACAUUGUUGCAAUCGGUUAAUAAGCGCCACACGCCUCUAAGUGUGUGGGCUACUACAUGGGGUGUUUUCGGUUCACGAACGGCCCGCCAAAGUGCCUUUCGUGAAACGAAAGGAAAUCCUCAUACAGAUAGCCAUCUGCAUUCGGCGGAUAGCGCACACACAGGGAAUACACAGUUAUUACAGCCCUCAUACAUUAUACAUAGAUGACCCAUAUCCCCACCGACAUAUAGGCAACCCUUAAAGGUAUAGUCUCUUGAUACAGUCCAAGUGGCUAGGUUUGCCACAAUGCUCCCCCAGAACCAAGCCGGCAUACACAGUCUGAUCCCAACGGAUCGGCUUGGGGAUGUCCGGAGGAGCGCUCACAGAUCACUUCUCAAGGUCUGUUUGUCUAGAUAACCCGUCGGCGUUACCGUUUUGUUUUCCUGGGCGGUAAUGGAUAGUAAAGUCAAAAGGCUGUAGCGCUAAACUCCAGCGCAGCAGCCUGGCAUUGUCUCCAGCCACACGGUGCAGCCACACCAACGGGUUGUGAUCUGUGAGAAAAGGGUUGCCCAUAGAGAUAUGGUUGUAACUUUUUCAGGGCCCACACCACGGCCAGGCAUUCUUUUUCUAUGGCGGUGUAGCUCACUUCUCUAGGUAACAAUUUCCGGCUCAAAUAUGCUACGGGAUGUUCUCCGCCGUCUGCUCCGACCUGGCUCAGUACUGCUCCCAAUCCAAACAUUGAGGUGUCUGUGUGGACAAGAAAACGUUUAGUUGGAUCAGGAGCAGCUAGUACAGGGGCAUUGGUCAGAGCCGUCUUCAGUUGGUUGAAUGCCUGUUCACACUCUGGGGCCCAGAUGACCUGCCUGGGCAGGUUUUUCUUCAAGUCAGUCAGGGGUUUGGCCAGGGCACUGUAAUUGGGCACAAAUUUCCUAUAAUACCCGGCGGUACCUAAGAAGGCAAGGACUUGGGUUUUAGUCCUAGGGGUAGGCCACUGGGCUACGGCUUCAAUCUUUGCGGGCUCAGGCUUCUGUUGUCCGCUCCCUACCCGGUGUCCUAAGUAUUGUACCUCCGCCAUCCCUAUGUGGCACUUGCUGGGUUUCAAGGUAAGCCCUGCCUCUCUAAUCCAAUCUAUUACAGCCCCUAUAUGUUGUAGGUGAUCAGCCCAGGUCUGGCUGUAGAUGGCAAUAUCAUCCAGGUAUGCACACGCAUAAUCCUGGAACCCGUCCAGUAGCCGAUCCACCAUCCGCUGGAAUGUCGCGGGGGCGUUCUUCAUCCCGAAUGGCAUGACUCGAAAUUGGUACAAGCCAAACGGGGUGACAAACGCCGACUUGGGGAUGGAAUUUGCCAGUAUCCCUUACAAAGAUCUAUUGUCGUGAGAUACUGGCCUCUGGCCAUCCUAUCUAGCAGUUCGUCUAUCGGGGGCAUCGGGUAAGCGUCCGACACGGUUUUGUCGUUCAACCUCCGGUAGUCCACACAAAACCAGGUGGUACCGUCUUUCUUGGGGACCGGACUACCGGUGAUGCCCAGGGGCUAUCGGAGUGUUCGAUAACCCCCCAACUGCAACAUCUCUUCAAUCUCUUUCCUCAUAUGUUCCCGCACGGAUUCGGGAAUCCGAUGUGGGGUUUGUCGCAUGGGGAGCUGUCCCGGGAUUUCUACUCGGUGAGUGGCUAGUGGAGUGUACCCAGGUAAGUUAGAAAAGGUGGCGCCCUUUGCCGCUAUCAGUUCCCGUACCUGGGUGCGCUCUUGAGGACUUAGCCGCUCCCCCAGCUGAACCCCCUGGGAGGGCUCCUCCUGCUCUAACAGAUCUGGGAGAGGUAAGUUCUCCUGAUCCUCCGAGGCGGGCGUGCAAAUGGCUGCCACGUCCUCGGUUCGCUCGUGGUAGGGUUUGAGCAUGUUCACAUGGAGCAUGCGUCGCUUCCCUACUCCGGAGCAUGGGCCGAUCACAUAGGUGGUAUCGCAUCUCUGCUCUACCACCUGGUAUGGGCCCUGCCAGACGGCCUGUAGUUUGUCUGUGCGGACAGGUUUGAGGACUAACACCUUCUGCCCCACUUGAAAACUACGGUCUCUGGCCCCUCUGUCAUACCAACGACGCUGUCGUUGCUGGGCGGCCUGGAGGUUGGUGCACACUGCCUGAGUUAAUUCCUCCAGGCGAUCCCGGAACACCAGCACGUAUGGUACAAUAGGGGUCCCAUCUGCGCUACUCUCCCCCUCCCAAUGCUCUCUAAUGAGAUCCAACGGUCCCCGCACCCUUCUCCCAAAUAACAGUUCAAAUGGGGAGAAACCGGUAGAUUCUUGGGGUACCUCUCUGUAGGCAAACAACAGAUGGGGAAGGAAUCGUUCCCAGUCCUUAUGGGUCUCUCCGAAUGUACGGAGCAUCUGUUUUUAGGGUACCGUUGAACCUCUCACACAAUCCGUUGGAUUGGGGGUGGUAGGCAGAGUUAAUGAUUGGCUUAAUGCCACAUAUCUUCCAUAACUGCUGAGUAACCUCGGCCGUAAAUUGUGUCCCCCUAUCGGAGACAAUUUCCUGCGGGAACCCUACUCUGGAAAAGAUUUUCAUCAGGGCUUUGGCCACUGUCUCCGCAUGAAUAUUGGUUAGGGCAAUCGCCUCGGGGUACCGGGUGGCUUAGUCCACCACGGUCAGUAUAUACCGCUUCCCAGAGGGGCUGGGUUUUGGUAGUGGUCCCACUAUAUCCACAGCCACACGGCUGAACGGUUCCUCAAUUAUAGGUAGGGGACACAGUUUCGCCUUGUGGCGAUCCCCUCUCUUGCCUACCUGCUGACACACAUCACAGGAGGUACAAUAGUGUCUUACAUCUUUAGAAAUCCCGGGCCAAAAGAAAGCGUGAGUUAAGCGAUACCGGGUACGGGUCAUCCCUAAAUGGCCGGACAGAGGGAUGUCAUGGGCUAUUCUCAGUAACUCAUGUCUAUACUUCUGGGGUACUACCAGCUGUUUAGUUUGGAGGGUCACAGAGUUUCCUAUUGCCCUUUCAGCUACCCGGUACAACAACCUGUUUUCCCAAAUGUACCGUUCCCCCUCCCGCCCCACCUGGUCCGUGUCUACCCUAUCUCGGUACACCUGUCUGGACCUCUGCUUCAAAAGUGUUCGGGGUGUCCCAGGUCAUAUGCGUCAAGGGGGGGUCAUGGUUUCUUACCUGAGCCUCAGAGUGUGCUGGUGGUACCGUGGUGCGAGCCUGCUGCCGGGUAGUUACGGGAUGAGCUUCGUGCGAAGGAGCCUGAGGUAGAAAAGCUGAAGUCAUCUGGCCCAAGUCAUUCCCCAACACAACAAUAAUUUCUUCAUUACCGCUACUUCCACAACCCCCUCCCCAGCACCCCAGUUCAAAUGCACCUUGGCAGUGGGUAGCCGGUACAUGGCUCCCCCUGCUACCCUGACCGCCACUGAUCCGCCAGUGUGGGCCGCAUCUGGAACCAAAUGUGGAGCAACCAGGGUUAACGUGGCUCCCGAGUCCCUCAGCCCCUGUACUUCUUUCCCCCCCUACAAACACAACUUGACGGUGAUGCUGCCUGUUGUCAGUGCAAGCCACGGACAUCACUUCGUAUAAAACUCCCAACGGUUCCUCGGUCUGCAGACUUACCAGCUCGGAGUGGUCAGGUUCUGUGUGGUAGUAAUGAGCUGCUGCCCUUGGAGUGGCGUUUUGCCGCACUUGGUUCCACGCCUGUCUACUCAGAUUCUGGGUGCACUCCCGGGACGUAUGCCCCCACUGACGGCAGGUAUGGCAUUGUAUGUUGGCUCGGCCAUUGUAGCGGGAUGGUGGUGGGGGGUUCCCCGGUGCUGGCCGGAAUGGAGCAGAGUUGGUUGGUGUGGGGAUGGUCGGGUGGUGCUGUACGGGUGGUCUCAGGGGACCCCUGUUGGUGAGCCCAUGAUGCCUCCUAGCAUCAAAGUGUUGUUGAUCCGCCAGCCGGGCUGCUUCCGUUAGGGUGAGGGGUUUUCUGUCUCUUCCCCAUUAUUGUGCCUCUGGUGACAGUCUGUUAAAGAACUGCUCCAGCAGGAUUAGUUGGCGCAGUUCCUCCAUGGUGGUGGCUUGGCUGUGAAGCUUGGUCCAGCUUAUGUGCCAGCUCAGCGUGGGAAUCUUUUUCUGGCUUCUGCAAUCCCCGAAAUUUACGCCAAUAUGCCUCCGGUGUUGUGGCAUACCUCUCUAGAAUUGCCCUUUUGGCUUUAAAAUAGUCCUUGCUGUCCUCUCUGGGCACAGCGCGAUACGCCUCUGCUGCUCGUCCUGCCAGCUUGCCUGCUAGUAAGGGUACCCACAUUGCUUGCUCCAGAUCGUGUAGGUUGCAUAACCUCUCAAAAUCCUGCAGGUAUCCGUCAAUCUCAUCCUUCUCCUCGCAGAACGCUUUAAAUGCCUGGUAGGGUACUUUCUGCUUCACUGGAGCGCAGAAUGAGUUGGCGAUGGAUUCUGCCCUGGAUGGCGCCCCCUGGGGCUGCUGUGCCAUAAUGUAAUCCUGUAUGUCUGCCAUCAGCACGGUCAAGAUGUCCAGGGUUACUGGCUGAGGUACAAAUUCCAGCCGGGUUCUCAGUUCCCUCUGGUACGGUGUUUCCUCCCUGGCUGGAGGGGGUGGGCUGCUGUGUGCUUGGUCACCUUCCAUCAGCUCUGCAAUAAGUACUGCUUUGGAUUUGUUGCUAGCACUUUUCCCUCUAGCCUCCAGCAGUUCCUUUAGCAUCUGCCUCUUUAACGCCGUGUAAUCCGUCCCCAUUCACUGAUCGCUUUCGUCUGUUUGUUGCAUACGAAUUGCCUUUCCCUUUUUCCGUUCGGUUGUUCCUUUCAUUCGAAUGCGCUGUAUUCGGCUGUAGAGUUGGAUCCCGUCGCUUGCCACCAAUUGUACCGGAACGCCAAUAUUAAAUCCACGAAUUCCGCUGGUUCAGGAAGUAAUCCACAGUCAAGCGCUGAAACAACAAGGCAAUAUCCCCAACCUCCCAGUAACCGGACAAAACACAGUUCUGAGAGUCAACUGAAGUCCUUUAAUUCUGCUUCACAAUUUAUACAAGUCCCCAUGCAAGGGGUUUCCUGAGUCCCUUCCCAGGGGCAUUCCCAGAGGGGACUACAUGGGGAACUUACAGUACAAAACAUUUCUCCCAUCAGGCACUGCUGCACGAGAGGGAUCCUCCCACUGGAAUAUACUGUUAAGUGGAUUAUCCCUCCGUGCAGCAGAGCCGACAAUUUAUAUAAAAAUCUGUAACUUUUCGAAUAUGCAGUUUAUUUGCACGAAUGGACGUUCGGUAGAUAGCUGGGGUCUGAGCGCAUCAUUCGUGUGAUUACCGCUCAGAUCCCAGCUAAAAUAACCGAACGCCGCACGAAAAACACAUUUAUUGAGAAACAUAUUAAAAAGACCGAUUGCCUUCCAGGGAAUGAAAUACCGAACGGCCCGGAACUCCCGAACGUCCUGGAGGCUCAGCGGUGUUCGUGCCGUCGAGUAGCCAUUUUUAGUACCAUGCGCUCGACGACCUAACACCGCUGAGGGAACAAAGGAUCCAAGAUGGCCGACCGCCGCAUGGUCGGUAGUCGAACGGCGGCCACCCAGGAGAGCCUCUAAUUACCGAUUGCAACAUUGUUGCAAUCGGUUAAUAAGCGCCACACGUCUCUAAGUGUGUGGGCUAUUAAGGGUAGUGUUUUCGGUUCACGAACGGCCUGCCAAAGUGCCUUUCGUGAAACGAAAGGAAAUCCUCAUACAGGUAGCCAUCUGCAUUCGGCGGAUAGCGCGCGCACACACAGGGAAUACACAGUUAUUACAUGUCAGGAUUACUGUUUGAUCCAGCACGUAGAACUGUACAGCAUGGAUGACAAAUAAGUAACGUAUUACCGGUCCUUAGAAUGGCCGGAUUUAACGUACAAAGAAUAGUCAAAAAUACUAGCCGAGGUCAGGGAACACAGAAAGGGACACAGCGAUGAGGAAAGCCAGGAGUCAGGAUACCAGAAUAUAGAGAAGUCCAUAAACAAAGCCAAAGUCAAAAACCAGGUAGAAAACUAUAAACAGGAACGCGCUCUCAGACAACCACAAGGGAAACCACGACAGGGCACUGAGCAGGCUGAGAACUGGGCCUAAAUACCCCUCCUUUAGUUCUGAUAGGCUGUAACCGGCCUUUGACCCCAAAGUCAGUUACCAGGUUUCAUUUGUAUAAUUGCUGCUCAGCAUUAACCCUUCUGUGGAUUAGGUUGCUGCUCGGCACAACUUUUCCUGUGUGGACAGUAAAUGUCAUUAACCACAUUUCUAUAAGCGGAUGAAUAUGUGACAUUACAGCCCUCAUACAUUAUACAUAGAUGACCCAUAUCCCCACCGACAUUUUGCUGUUGAUUUGGAUCAACAGCAAAAAACAAAUGUGAGGAAGGCUGAACUUGAUGGACGCAAGUCUCUUUUCAGCUAUGUAACUAUGUAACUAUGUAACCCUUAAAGGUAUAGUCUCUUGAUACAGUCCAAGUUGCUAGGUUUGCCACAUACCCGUUCUAACUGCCAUUGUUGGGCCGGGAUUUCCGGCGCGAGCGGCUGCAGGAUAGCCAGUAUAAUUUCCUUCAGGUUGCCUUCGCCUUCCCGCUCCGACAGGCCCCUCAGCCUGAUGUUGUUGCGGCGGGAGCGGUUGCCCAAAUCCUCCAGUGCAGCCUCUGCCAUGGUGAGGCGUGUUGAUAGAUAAUUCACCUGUGUGGUGACUGCAUUAUGGGCUUUGGUGGUAGACUCCAGCCUCUGUUCUAUUGUAGCUGUGCGAUAUCCUAGUGCCACUAUUUCAGCCUUCACUUCAUUGGUAGCCUUGGCAAUUUUCCCAGCUAAAAAAGCUUUGACUUCCCCCAGUUUGGCAAGAAUCUGAGUAGUGUCACCUCCUGGGGGGUCCAGUUGUGUGGGUGAUUGAGGCUGCGAGGGCAUUGUAGUAUCUCUCGUGUGCUGAUGCGGCCGCCAUCUUGGUGGUCGCGCUGAACAGCGCGUGAGACCGUAAAGAACUCUGACACCGAGCCUCCUGCUUCCGCGGGCUUCUUUGAUGCCUUUCUCGGGGUGCGCUUGUCCAUAUUGCCUUCCAGGGUGCCG